AUGAUUGACUAUGUUGACUGGUUUAGGAAGAAGGGGGGUGGAAAGGUCGGUGGCAGACGCAAUGGAGCAACCCUCGCUUCUGUGGAGCGUCUUGAUCCCGGAGAAGCGGAUGCUACCUGGCAGCGAGUUGCUCCCAUGGGUAAGCCAAGGUGGGGAGCAGGUGUGGCUGUUGUCGACCAAUUUCUCUACGUUGUUGGCGGCCAUGAUGGCGAAACCUGUCAUAAUGGCAUUCAA